AUGAAUGGAAAUACUAUAUUUUGUACUAUUGAUGUAGUAGAUUUAUAUACAAUGAUUCCACAAGUAGAAGGAGUACUAUCAUUGAAGAAAAUGUUAGAUUAUUUGAAGUUGAAAAAGGUUGGUGGCUUAAAAGUAGAAACUAUUAUUCGAUUAAGUCGAUUUGUGAUGAAAAAUAAUUAUUUUUCUUAUGAUGGCCAAUUUUAUCACCAGAUUAGAGGUGGAGCUAUGGGAUCGCCGUUAACUUUGACUUUAGCUAACUGUUAUAUGUUUUUCUUUGAAAGACAAAUAGUCAAACAAAUUAAAAAUAGCGGUGGACUCUUUUUUCGAUAUAUUGAUGAUUUAUUUAUAGUAAUUAAUUGGCCUGUUCGGCAUUUAUUAAAACAAAUCGACAAAUGGAAGAAUUUUGAUGAAAAUAUUAAAUUAAAUCCAAAUAUUAACUCAUUUGCGACUUUUCUCGAUUUAUAUAUGGAAAAUCGUGAUGGUGUAUUAUUUACUACUGUUUAUCAAAAGCCGUCUUAUGAACCGUAUUACUUGCCAUUCAAUAGUAUUCAUCCGUUACAUAUGAAAAAGAAUAUACCUUUUACGAUGUUACUUCGAGUGAUUAGGUAUUGUUCUACAUUUCAAACAUAUUUGGAUGAACGUGAAAAGUUACGUAUGGCUUUAUUACUUAAUAAGUAUCCAAAUAAAUUAAUUGACGAACAGUUUAAUAAUGUCCUUUUAAAAUGUAAUAUUGACGAGCCAUUAACAAACUUAAAUUAUGAUAAAUAUCGUCAACACGUCAUCGAUUCACCCAUGAAAGAAAAAGUUACGAUUGAUUAUGAAGCAGUUAUGUUUAUACAUUUUACAUACUGUUCUACUAUGAAAACUUUUCCCGCUAAAUUCCAUUUACUUUGGAAUAAAUACUUUGAGGAAUCUCCUAUUAAUGAAGUUAGACCUAUUCUUGGCACUCGAAAUGUGAAGAAUAUACAUAGACGUCUAGCUUUUAAUAUGUAA